CGAUCAAAAAGCAACAUGGCGGCUUAGGUCACCGUUGGAAGUUGAUUUUGUAACAGAAUUCUUUAAUUUAGCUUCGAUAUCAAUAUUAUUUAUAGAAGUAAAGAAGGUAAUAAAGAAAAAGCUAAGAUGUCCUAUGGUGGACGGCACCCCAUUACUGCUACAAAUCGUAGCAUGAAUGGUGCCCUAGGAAAUUCCAUGUUGAAUGGCAGUCUUGACAAUGGUAAUGUUACUCAGAGUAAUCCUACAGGAUUAAGAGCUAUUGACCCAGAAGCACUCAAACAAAGGCUAUACAGUUAUGCCCCACACCAAGCUCCUAUCAAUACCAAAGCUCUGAGAUUUAAUAGAGUUACCAGUACACAGAUCAGAAAAGGAAAUGUUCCAGCACAACCAAGACUUGAACCAGUGCCUAGUUUAAGAAAUUACCAAGAGAAAAAUAGUCCUGAAUACAUACAAAGAAAGAACAAAGAAGCCCUAACUGCUGCAGGGAAAUUUAACAAUGAAAGUGAUGAACCUGAGACCAAGAAACUAAAGAGACAUGGAUCAGUAGAGCCAUUGGAAAGAUCUCUGACAGAAUCUCCUCUGCCAGAACUUCCUGAUACACUUCAACAAAAACAGGAAGAGAUGUUUAGAGUGCCUACCCCUCCAAAGGAACCAAAGUCUGCUUCACCCAGAUCAAGAGUCCAUGCUGCUGGACCUAAGUUACCUGCUUCCACAAAGCCUAAAAUUGCUGAAACCCAUGAAGGUUUAACAGAUACCAGUGAAAUCACAAACCUAAUCAAAUACGACAAAAGUGUUGGAUUCUUGUAUUUGAGUCCUGCUGUACCCAAAUCUUCUGUUAAAUACCACUACUACAAUCUUAAAGUUGUCAACCAUGAACAGAUUAACAAGGGAGACUACUGUACAAUUAGUAGAAAGGGUGUGGCUAGAAUGAGGAGUGACGAUGAAACAGAAUUUGUCACAUUAGACAGAUGGGAACAGGAGUAUGAAUACUUCCAAAAACUUAUUGAGAUUCCAACCUUUGCCAGAUUUAGGAAAUGGAAAGCUUUCAGUGUUUGGAGAAAGAAUGUUAGAACAAAGAAAAUACAGUCUCAUACAAAGUCACUAAAUGACAACUUGUUUAUACUUAAUCCAUCAUUGAGACCAGCCUUACAGAAUGUUAGAGAAAUGUGUCACAGGAUAAGUGAGAUGGGACUAUGUAAAAUAGAAAAGAACCGUACCUACACACUACAGGAAUUUAGAGAAGCUCAAUUUGCACAGCUUCAUGAGGUUGCUGAAAGAUUACAGGAGUUCCGUGAGUUAGUUAAGGAGGUUGUGAGAAGUGCCUGUAGAACAGCCUUGUUAGAGGCAGGAUUUACUCCAGAUGAUUACUAUAUAGAUCAAGGAGCAGAUAGUCCAGAUCUGAUGGGAGAAACAGGGAGAGAGUCCAGCUUCCUCAUGCCUAGCUCCUAUGAUAUGGAUAUCUACGGAGAGGCACCAGACAAAAUGACAUACACAGAGCAAGCUAACAAGAGAGCCCACUGCAAACGUUUAACAUGCUUUAUACGACUUGCUGAUUACCUUAUAGUCAACACCAUGCAUGUGUUGGCAGUACACUCUGUCUUAACACUACUUAACCAUCUUAAAGACCAGCUGAACAACACACCAACACUGGAGAUUAUACAGUCCUUUGCUGAGGAGGCCAAGAAUGAUGCUGAAUUGUUAGACAAGGACCCUGAAGAGAGAGAAGCUAUAGAAAAAGCUAAAAAGGAAAAAGAAAAACUGGAGGCUGAACAGGAGGAGGAAGAAGAAAAAGUCCGACCACCAUUAUAUAUAACAGAAUUUGUGUUGGAACCUAACCAGUUAGCAUUUGAGCCUGGCCGUGACGAGUUCCAGGAGGGCCUGGAUGAAGUCAUGAGAAGGUUCCAGGAGUGUGUACUAUCUGUACAUAACCUUGUUACUGAUGUGUACUUCAAAUCAUUUACAAGCCCAAUGAUCAACGGAAAGUUUGAAGAGAAGAGUUUCUCCGAGGGCAUCAAUCUACAGACCAUGUUUGAAGAUGACAAGAACUUACAGACUCUUAUUGAAGAAAUUAAGGUUGCCUUGAACAAAGCCUUUAAUGCAGCUUUCCAUUAUUCCAACACAUUUGAACCACACAGAGAAUUCUACAGACAGAAUGAAAGCUUAGAUCUAGAAGCAGUCAGACAACAACAACAUGAUGUAGCUUUCUUUGCUGAAGCAUUGGCAAGAUAUCACAGCCAACACAAGAUGGCCCAAGUCAUCAAAGAGAAGAGACCAAUCGGCAUGUUGUUAGUGGAUGCUGUUAAAAUGAAGAACUUACUGAUGCCUUCACCACUGAGAUGUCUUGAUUGUAUUAAUGACUUGCUACCUGUUCUGGCCAGAAGUGAAGUAGACCGGUUGAUUGCUGAGUUACAAGAUGCCCAGUUCAAACUGGAGGUUGGUCCCACCACGACACUGGAGUUUGUACAUACUCUAACAUUCCUGGAUGAUAUACAAGUCAGGGUUGAUCCAUUAGACAAAGAAGCUAUGAUUGUCAAAGAUAUGUAUGAUCUGAUCGAACAAUUUACAGUGCCCACACCACCAGAGGAUUUCGCUGUUUACCAGACACUGAACCCCAGCAUCACCAAUGUGAGGAAUGCAAUAGACAAGUCGUUAACAGAGAGAGAUGCUAACAUUGACAAGUUCUGUACACAUCUCGACAAAGAUAUUGCUGAACUGGACAAAGAAGUCAAAGAAAUCAGAGCAGAAGCACAGAAUCCAUUGAUUUUGGACAAGGAUGCUGAUAAGAACAAAGUGAAAGCUAUCCUCAAUAAACUUUUGACUAAUAUGGAAAAUCUACAGAAAGAGGCUUUCACUUACAAAGCUUAUCAGAAGAAUUUCAAGGUGGAAGUUACAAAAUAUGAUGCUCUAGAGGAAGCCCAUGCUGAACUGAAACUGAAGGAGUUAUUGUGGACUGCUAUUGAUGAUUGGGACAAUCUGUUGGAGGAAUGGAUGUCUGUGCCCUUUGACACACUAGAACCUGAUGCAAUGAACCAAACAACAUUGAAGUUUGCUAAGUCUGUGAUGCAGCUAGAGAAAGGUCUACCUCCUAACCAGGUGGUACCUGUAUUGAAGGAAAAAGUCGAGACCAUGAGAGACAGGUUACCUGUAAUCACAGAUUUACGUAACCCCUCACUUAAACAGCGCCAUUGGGAUGUCAUCUCACAGGUCCUGGAGUACGAGUUCUCUGAUGAGGAACCAUUAUCAUUGGGCAAACUUUGUGAAAUCAAUGCUUUCAAAUUUGGCGAAUCUUUACAAGAAGUGUCUGGUCAGGCUAGUUCUGAAGCCAGUCUGGAAUCCAUCUUGAAAAAAGUUGAAGAUUCGUGGAAAUCGACAGAAUUUACCGUUUUGCCUCACAAAGAUUCUAAAGACAUUUAUAUCCUCGGAGGUACAGACGAUAUUCAACAGUUAUUAGAUGACAGUAACAUUAAUGUGGCAACUAUUGCCAGCUCCCGUCACGUUGGACCAAUCAAAAACAAGGUCGAGGACUGGCAGAGACAGUUGGACCUAUUUGGUAAAACUUUGGAUGAAUGGCUAGACUGCCAGAGAAAUUGGUUAUACUUAGAAAGUAUCUUCAGUGCCCCAGAUAUCCAAAGACAAUUGCCUGCCGAGGCUAAGAUGUUCAUGCAGGUAGACAAAUCGUACAAGGACAUAAUGAGAAAAGUGAACAAAGUUCCCCUCGCCAUCAGGGCGGGCACACAACCUGGACUAUUGGAAACUUUCCAGAAUAACAAUGCUUUGUUGGAUCAGAUCCAGAAAUGUUUGGAAGCUUAUCUGGAAUCGAAAAGAGUUUUGUUUGCCAGAUUUUACUUUUUGUCCAAUGACGAAUUGUUGGAGAUCCUGGCACAGACACGUAACCCAUUGGCAGUCCAGCCUCAUCUUAGGAAGUGUUUUGAUGCUAUUGCUAAAUUGGAGUUUGGUGUUCAGGCCAAAGCCACUGAAGAUGAAGAAAUCCAGUACAGCAAUGAUAUCCUGGCUAUGAUAUCACCUGAAGGAGAGAAAGUCAGUCUCGGAAAGGGAUUGAAAGCAAGAGGAAAUGUUGAAGAUUGGUUGAACAAGGUAGAAGAAGGAAUGUUUGCUAAUUUGAGAAAACUGGUAAAAGCAGCCAUUACAGAUUACGAGAACAGACCCAGAGGGGAGUUUGUUGUCUUCCAUAGCUCACAGAUAGUGCUGACUGUAUCCCAGAUUAUCUGGUGUAGAGAUGUCACAGAGAUCUUAGAGUCAGACUUUGACAGAGUUGAGCUAAUGAAAGAGUUUGAACAGAAAAGUUUCAAGGAUUUGUCAGAGUUAGCUUCUAUUGUGAGAACAGAAAUCCCCAAACUAGCCAGAGCCAAUUUGUGUGCUUUAAUUACAUUAGAUGUACACGCCAGAGACAUGAUCACAGGAAUGGUCAAAUCACAGGUUGCUAGUGUAGACAACUUUGAAUGGCAGAAACAGCUAAGAUAUUACUGGGACUUGGAGAUGGAUAACUGUGUUGUCAGAAUGUCUAGUUCUCUAUAUGUGUAUGGUUAUGAGUAUUUAGGAGCAUCACCUAGACUUGUCAUCACUCCACUUACCGAUCGUUGUUAUCUGUGUUUGAUGGGAGCUUUACAGUUAGAUUUAGGAGGAGCCCCUGCCGGACCUGCUGGUACUGGUAAAACUGAAACUACAAAAGAUUUAGCCAAGUCACUAGCCAAACAGUGUGUCGUCUUCAACUGUUCUGAUGGUUUGGACUACAAGAUGAUGGGAAGAUUUUUCUCUGGACUUGCCCAAUCUGGUGCAUGGUGUUGUUUUGAUGAGUUCAACAGAAUUGAUAUUGAAGUACUUUCUGUCAUUGCCCAACAGCUGAUCACAAUAAGGAAUGCAAAGUCAGCCAAGUUGUCCAGGUUCAUGUUUGAAGGACGUGAGAUCAAACUGAUAGCUACGGCCGCUGCAUUUAUCACCAUGAAUCCAGGUUACGCUGGACGUACUGAACUUCCAGAUAAUUUGAAAGCUUUGUUCAGACCAAUAGCUAUGAUGGUACCUAAUUAUGCCCUGAUUGCUGAGGUGAUCCUGUAUUCUGAGGGAUUUGAGGACUCCAAGUCUUUAGCCCAGAAGAUGGUACAGAUGUACAAACUGUGCAGCGAACAGUUGUCCCAACAGGACCAUUAUGACUUUGGUAUGAGGGCCGUCAAAUCUGUGUUAGUCAUGGCUGGAGCUUUGAAGAGACAGAACCCCGAUAAGAGUGAAGAUGUAGUGUUGAUUAGAGCACUUAGAGACAGUAAUUUACCCAAGUUCUUGAUACAGGAUGCAGCACUUUUCCAGGCCAUCUUACAAGAUUUAUUCCCAGGUGUUGAGAUCCCAGAACACGAUUAUGGACGCCUCCGUGAAGAAAUUAUCAGUGUGAUUGCCGGAAAGGGUUUACAAAUUGUGGAAUCACAGAUUAAGAAAAUUAUCCAGUUUUAUGAGACUAUGGAAGUCAGACAUGGUGUCAUGUUGGUUGGUCCUACUGGUGGAGGAAAAACAACAGCAUACAGGGUGUUAGCUGAAACUGUUACAAACUUACAUGCUGAAGGACUUGUAAAUCCAUUCUAUCAACCCUGUCAUCACUAUGUUUUGAACCCUAAGUCUAUCACUAUGGAGGAAUUGUAUGGUGGUAUCAACAAACUGACAUUAGAAUGGUCUGAUGGCCUCAUGGCAAUCACUGUCAGAAAGUGUGUGACAGAUACAUCUGAAGACCACCACUGGGUUGUGUGUGAUGGUCCAGUUGAUGCUUUGUGGAUUGAGAAUAUGAACACUGUGUUGGAUGACAACAAGAUGUUGUGUUUGGCCAACAGUGAAAGAAUCAAGUUUACACCUUUCAUACACAUGGUGUUUGAAGUACAAGAUUUAGCAGUAGCCUCCCCUGCUACCGUCAGUAGAUGUGGAAUGGUGUUUGUUGAUCCAGAAGAAUUAAAAUGGCUGCCAUUUGUACAAACAUGGUUGGAGAGCUGGUCAAGCAAAAUGAAGGAGGAAACCAGAGAUUACUUGCUGGAGAUCUUCAAAAAAUAUGUAGAGGAUGGUAUCAAAUUUGUCACCAAAAAGUGUACACAAGUUAUUGAUCAAGUUGACAUUAGUAAAGUAACAACUCUGUGUAAGAUGUUAGAGUCUCUACUGUUUGGACGUGGAGGACCAGAUUUCAACCAGGAUCCAGCCAAAUUGCACAUCUUAGUCUGUACAACCUUUGUGUUUGCCUAUCUGUGGUCUAUUGGAGGAAACUUGUCAGAGAAUAACUGGGAUGCCUUUGAUACCUUUGUUAGAGGACAGUUUGAAGACAAUGGUGAUGCUAAGUUACCAAAUGCAGGUGAUCUAUGGAGUUGUUACAUGGACUAUGAAACAAGGCGUAUGGAUAUGUGGGAGAAAAUAGUUCCAUCAUUCAAAUAUAACAAGGAAAUGCCAUUCUUUGACAUGUUGGUUCCUACCGUAGAUACAGUCAGAUUUGGAUAUCUUUUGGAAAAACUCCUGGCUGUAAGACAUUCAGUACUAUACACAGGAGGCACUGGAGUAGGAAAGUCUGUCAUUGCCCGUGGUCAUCUACAGAAUAUUGCUGAUAGAGCUAACUAUGUACCAGUGUUUAUUAACUUCUCUGCUCAGACCAGCAGCAAGAGAACACAAGAAAUGAUUGAAUCUAAAUUAGAGAAGAGAAGGAAAAAUUGUAUUGGUGCUCCUCAUGGCAAACGUGUGAUAAUUUUAAUUGAUGACUUAAACAUGCCUAAACUGGAUACUUACGGCUCUCAGCCACCUAUUGAACUAUUGAGACAAUAUCAGGACUUUGGUGGCAUGUACGAUCGUGAAAAACUUACAUGGAAAGAAAUUCAGGAUGUAACUUUAGCAGCCGCCUGUGCACCACCUGGUGGUGGCCGUAAUAAUGUGUCGCCAAGAUUUUUCAGACAUUUUGCUAUGUUUGCUAUUCCGUCCCCAUCGGAGCACAGUCUUAAACAUAUGUUUACACAAAUUAUGGCAGGUUUCUUAAUGGACUUUCCAACAGCAGUACGUCACUGUACAGAGCCUAUUGUACAGGCCGCUGUGGAGAUAUACUUCAGAAUGUCAACAGAUCUGCUACCAACACCAGCCAAAUCUCAUUAUGUCUUCAACUUGAGAGAUUUGUCAAAAUGUAUUCAGGGUGUAUUACAAGCUGACACUGGUGUAAUUAGAGAUGGAAAACAAAUUUUCCGUCUAUUUUGUCACGAAUCGAUGAGAGUGUUCCAUGAUAGGCUGAUUAAUAAUGAAGAUAAGAUGUAUUUCUACCAAAUCUUAGCAGAUAUGGCAAAUAAACAUUUUGGUGAGACAAUUGAACCAGAGACAUUCCAAACCAAUCCUAUUAUAUUUGGAGAUUUUAUAAAGAUGGGAGCAGAAAAACAGGACCGUAUAUAUGAAGAAUUACCUGAUAUGAAAAAGUUAAAGAAUAUUUUACAAGAUUAUCUAGAUGAUUUGAACAUGCAGUCCUCCAAGGAAAUGAGACUUGUAUUUUUCAUGGACGCCAUUGAGCAUGUGUCUCGUAUAGUUAGAAUGAUCAGACAGGAGAGGGGUAAUGCUCUACUGGUUGGUGUUGGUGGAACAGGGAAACAGUCACUCACUAGAUUGUCUUCACACAUUGCUGGCUACCCCUGUGUACAGAUUGAACUGAGUAGAGGUUAUGAUUAUAAUGCUUUCCAUGAUGAUAUUAAGAAAUUGUAUGAUCUUGCUGGAGUUAAGAAUCAACACACUACCUUCCUGUUUACUGAUACACAGAUUGUUGUAGAAGAAUUUCUUGAAGAUAUCAAUAACGUACUUAACUCUGGUGAAGUCCCUAACUUAUUUGAAGCUGAUGAGUACGAGAGAUUAAUCAUUGGCUGUCGUCCUGCUGCUAAGGAACUAGGUAUACCAGAAGGCAACAGAGACGCCAUCUUUGAAUUCUGUAUAAAUAGAGUCAGAAAUAACCUGCAUAUAGUUUUAUGUAUGAGUCCCGUAGGAAAUUCCUUCCGUACCAGAUGUCGUAUGUUCCCAUCACUCGUCAACUGCUGUACUAUUGAUUGGUUUACAGAAUGGCCAAGAGAGGCCCUGUUGGGGGUAUCAACAUCUUUCUUUGAGAGUGUUGAACUUGGAGAUGAUGGAUUAAAGAGCAAGAUAGCAGAGAUGUGUGUCGAUAUCCAUACCAGUGUUAGCACGAUGGCCGAAACAUUCUACUCGGAAUUAAAGAGACGUUAUUAUACCACACCUACUAGUUAUUUAGAAUUGAUUAAUCUUUACUUGUCCAUGCUGAACGAGAAAACUAAAGCUUUGAGGACUGCAAAAACAAGAGUACAAAAUGGUCUGGAGAAAUUAUUGGAUACAAAUGUACUUGUUGACAAAAUGAAGAAAGAGUUAGUUGCCCUUGAACCUGAGUUAAAGAAGAAAUCAGAGGAUACCAAUAACUUGAUGGAGAAACUUGUUGUAGAUCAAGAGGAGGCUGAUAAGGUUAGAAAAGUGGUAUUGGAAGAUGAAGCAGUAGCUAAGGUUAAAGCUGAUGAAACCCAGGCCAUAGCUGAUGAUGCUCAGAGAGAUUUAGACACUGCUCUUCCUGCUCUGGAGGCUGCAGUUAAGGCUUUAGAUUCACUGGAUAAGAAUGAUAUAUCUGAAGUAAGAGUAUUCAACACCCCACCAGAACUUGUACAAACUGUAAUGGAGGCUGUCUGUAUUCUUUGUAAUACCAAAACUGACUGGUCAUCAGCUAAAGUAUUACUUGGAGAAGGAAACUUCCUGAAAAACUUACAGAAUUACGACAAGGACAAAAUCACAGAUUCAACUGUCAGAAAACUAAAGAAAUACAUUGAUAAUCCUAAAUUUGUUCCUGAGGUUGUAGAAAAAGUAUCAAAGGCUUGCAAGUCACUUUGUAUGUGGGUAUGUGCCAUGGAUACUUAUGCCAAAGUACAUAAAACUGUGGAACCAAAGAGAGAAAGGUUAUUAAAAGCUCAGUCAGAACUGGAUACAGUCAUGAAGCAGUUGAAAGAGAAGCAGGACAGUUUGGCAGCCAUUGAAGCUAAGAUUGCGGAGUUACAGAAGACCUACGAUGAUAGUGUGGCCGAAAAACAGAAACUAGAACGAUCAAUUGCUCAGACUGCUGCUAGACUGAAGAGAUCGUCAAAACUGACCACAGCUUUAGCUGACGAACAAAUCAGAUGGGAUGAAAGUGUUAAAGAGUUUAAUGUACAGCUGGGUAAUGUGGUAGGAGAUGUAUUUGUAUCUGCCGCCGCUGUGGCUUAUUAUGGAGCAUUCACUUCCGUGUAUAGACAGCGUCUCAUCACUAUGUGGACUGAUAAAUGUCAAGAGUUAGAAAUUCCCGUUACACCAGGGAUGACCAUCAUUUCUGUACUGGCUGAUCCCUUCCAGAUCCGACAAUGGAAUACUGAAGGUCUGCCUAAGGACCAGCUGUCAACAGAAAAUGCUAUUCUAGUCACCAAGGGAAGACGAUGGCCUCUUAUGAUAGAUCCACAGGAACAGGCCAACAGAUGGAUUAGAAACAGAGAGUCACAGAAUGGACUGAAGGUUAUUAAGUUGACUGAUGGCAAUUAUCUAAGGACAUUAGAGAACUGUAUCCGUAUUGGUAUGCCUGUUCUAUGUGAGGACAUUGGUGAAUCAUUGGACCCGUCACUGGAACCAGUCUUACUUAAACAGACCUUCAUGUCGGGUGGCCGUCUGCUGAUUAGAUUGGGAGACAGUGAUAUUGAUUACGAUCGUAACUUCCGAUUCUACAUGACAACUAAGAUGAGUAAUCCUCAUUACCUACCAGAAGUCUGUAUCAAAGUCACCAUUAUAAACUUUACUGUCACCAAGGCUGGACUUGAGGAUCAGUUACUCAGUGAUGUAGUAGGAUUAGAGAGACCAGAUUUAGAGGAACAGAGAAACACUUUGAUUAUGAAGAUCAACGCUGACAAGAACCAGCUGAAGGCCAUAGAAGAUAGGAUUCUUAAACUUUUGUUUGAGUCUCAGGGAAAUAUUCUGGAUAAUGAGGAGCUUAUUAAUACACUUAAUGACUCUAAGGUUACAUCAGGUGCCAUUAAACAGAGACUUGCAGAGGCAGAGGUAACUGAAGAAAAGAUCAAUGUGGCUCGUGGCAAAUAUUUAUCUGUGGCCACUCGUGGCUCAGUAAUGUACUUUGUGGUGGCUGAUAUGGGAGAAGUGGACCCUAUGUACCAGUUCUCACUCAAAUACUUUAAACAGCUCUUCAAUGCUACAAUAGACGGAAGUGAGAAGAAUAGUGAUUUACAGAAACGCCUGGAGAUCUGUCUAAGGGAGACAACUUCUGCUAUCUAUACAAAUGUAGCAAGAGCCUUGUUUGAGAAGGACAAGCUGGUCUUCUCCUUCAUGUUGUGUAUAGAGAUCAUGAGACAGGACAACAAAGUCAGCACAGACGAAUGGAACUUCUUCCUACGUGGAGCCGCAGGUAUGGACAAGGAACGUCCGCCCAAACCUGAUGUCAGCUGGAUUCAACUUCCUGCCUGGAAAAAUGUUGUUGAUAUAAAUGACACGUUUAAAGUUUUCCGUGGAAUACACAAAGAUAUAUUGAAAACACCCUGCUGGGUUCAGAUUGGAGACUUAGAGGACAAAUCAAGCAAGAUCAAAGGUAACCCAGAUACAUUGGAGAGUUAUGGCCCCUUACCAGCAGAACCAGCUGACCUUGUUGAGGGUCAAGAGCCAGACGACGAUAACAGUGAGGUUAAAGGUCACUGGAAUAAGCGUUUGACAAGUUUCCAGAAAGUCAUGUUUGUAAAAGUCUUCAAGGAAGAAAAGACCAUCUUUGCUGUGACAGAGUUUGUCAAGGCCAACCUUGGACCACAGUUUGUAGAGAGUCCCCCAGUUACACUACAGACCCUGUAUGACAAUAUGAAUAAGACCACACCCCUAGUAUUUGUACUGAGUACUGGAUCCGAUCCCAUGGGAGCCUUCCUUAGGUUUGCUAGAGAAAAAGGAUACACUGAAAAAGUUCAGGCCAUCUCUCUAGGUCAAGGUCAAGGUCCUGUAGCUGAGAAAUUGAUAGCAGAGGCCAUCAAAUGUGGAGACUGGGUCUUCUUACAGAACUGUCACUUGGCAGCAUCUUGGAUGUUGGCGAUGGAGAAUCUCCUGAAAAGUAUGUCAGAGAAACCAGACCAAAUCCACGAUGAAUAUCGUCUUUUCCUUAGCUCUAUGCCAGCCAAACAUUUUCCUGUCAGUGUCCUUCAAAAUGCUGUCAAGGUCACCAAUGAACCACCUAAGGGUAUCCGUGCCAACAUGAGAAGAGCCUUUGCAGAUAUAACUCCAAGCUUCUAUGAGGAACAUAUUCUUGGACAACAGUGGAAGCGUAUUAUAUUUGGAGUCUGUUUCUUCCAUGCUGUCAUCUUGGAGAGAAAGAAGUUUGGACCACUAGGAUGGAAUAUCAGAUAUGAAUUCAGUGACAGUGACAGAGAAUGUGCUCAAUUGAAUAUGCAAAUGUUCUGUAAGGAAGGUACCAUUCCUUGGGAUGCUCUCAUUUAUAUCACAGGGGAGAUUACCUAUGGUGGUCGUGUGACAGAUCACUUGGACCAGCGAUGUCUGAGAACAGUGCUCAGUAACUUCUUUGCUCCUACAAUAGUAGCUGAGGAUUACAAAUAUUCCAAAUCAGGAAUUUACUACUGUCCAAACUAUGAUAAACUAGAUGAAUAUCGUGAAUUUAUUGAGACUCUCCCGUUGAAUGACGAACCAGAAAUAUUCGGCAUGCACGAGAAUGCCAACAUAGCAUUCCAAAUUCAGGAAACACAGAAAAUUGUCAAUACAAUCUUAGACGUGCAGCCUCGUCUUUCAAGUGGCUCUUCUGGAAAAUCUAAUGACGAGAUUGUAUACGAGCUAGCUGAUAGCAUUCUUGAAAAAUUAAUGGACAAAUUAGAUAUAGAUCAAGCUAAUCCACUGAUGUUUGAACCUGACGAUAAAGGACGAUUGAAUUCAUUGACAACAGUCUUAACACAGGAAGUGGAUCGAUUUAAUAAACUUCUCAAAGUCAUCAAGGAUUCGCUAUCAACCCUACAGAAAGCUAUUAAAGGAUUUGUUGUGAUGAGUGAUCAGUUAGAGAUGGUCUACAACUCAUUCCUCAAUAACCAGGUACCUUCCAUGUGGGCCGAUGCUGCCUACCCAUCACUCAAGCCCCUCGGUAGCUGGGUUACAGAUCUGACCUUCAGAUGUUUCUUCAUUGAAAACUGGAUUAAACAUGGACAGCCUAAAUCAUUCUGGCUUUCUGGAUUCUUUUUCCCACAAGGAUUCUUGACUGGUACUCUGCAGAACUUUGCUAGGAGGCACAAUCUGCCCAUUGAUCACCUGAGCUUUGAGUUCCACCCAACUAAACAUUUCCGUGACCAGAAGGAUGUUACCAAACAGAUGUCAGAGCUACAGUUUGGUGAGGAGAUGGAAAUGGACAAGGUGGUCGAAAAACCAAAAGAUGGUGUAUUGAUCCAUGGACUGUUUAUGGAUGGUUUCCACUGGGAUGCUGAGAAGAUGCAUGUUGUGGAUUCAACCCCAGGAGUGAUGAACUCUGUCCUACCUAUGUUCCACAUGGAGCCAAAGAUGGACUUUGAACCCCCACCAGAGGACUACAAUGCACCAUUGUACAAGGAAGCUGCUAGGGCCGGUGUUCUGUCUACAACUGGAAUGUCUACAAAUUAUGUUGUGAAUGUUCAUUUACCAUCAGUAGAACCACAGGACUAUUGGAUUGCAAAGGGUGCUGCCCUCUUGUGUCAGUUGUCAGAAUAAUAAAGAGGACAUAAUAAGUGGAACUAUCUCAUUGUUUAUAUUCAUCUCAUGGAUUUUAAUUUUUUAUGUUAAUUUUUUAGAAAAGACCUUAUUUUGUAUAUCAGCAUUUAUUUAUGUGUGAAGUGCUGGACUUUACGACCAUGAGGCCAAAUUGAUUAGUAAAAAUGGAUAAGACGUGAAAAUUUUAGUUUUACCCAAAGAAAUUGAUAUGGAAGGAAAGCAGAAAUGCAUUGAAAAGUCUGCCUCAGUAUUUAAGUUUGAAAUUGUGUUAAUAAUUGUGUUAUCUUAUUUUUUAAAGUGCUUACAAUCAUUCCAACUAUAAUAUGCAUUUAAUGUGUAGAACACAAUAAUUUAGAAAGUCACAACUCUGCCUUGGAUAUUUAAAGUUUUGACACUGCUGAAGAUGUGAUCCGUCCAGGGAACAAUACUGUGAUAAUUAGUUAAUAUUUAUUUUACACUAGUUUACGACAUUGAGCUGAGUUGACAAUAUAAUUUUGUACAAUUAAUUAUUUAUAUGCAUUAAUAUUUAUAUUAUUAUUUCUGUUUUGUGAUAUUUAAAUAUUUUGUUUUAAGUUUUACUUCCGUC